CUAAAACCUUCCAAUGCUAAUGAGAGAAAACUGCGGAAAAUCGAGGAGAGGGGUAAAAAAAAAUGAGUGGUUAGUUUAAGAAAACGAGUAUUUUCGUCGCAGCCGACAACAAGCAGCAUGAUAACGUAUCGUUCUUUUUACCCUUUUGUGAAACGCGGAAAGACGGAAAAAGGAAAGUUUGGGGGAGUUUGCGUUCACUAAAGUAUGGCGCGAGAGUUCAGACAGCCCGGAGCGGUCGAUCCUAAAGUAAAGAAGAGGAGUAAAAAGAAAACCAGGAAAGAAAAUAAAACCCGAACUGUGUGUUCAAAUUUAUUAUAUGACCAUUCCAAAGGACACGACAACCCAAACAGACAAUACGCAAACAAUAAGAUUAAAACGACGAAGUAUACCCUGCUAUCCUUUUUGCCAAAGAAUCUUUUCGAGCAGUUCCAUCGAUUUGCCAACGUGUAUUUUGUUUUCAUCGCUUUAUUGAAUUUCGUCCCUGUUGUUAAUGCUUUUCAACCCGAGCUAGCGCUGGCUCCAGUUGUUUUUAUAUUGUCAGUUACGGCUAUAAAGGACCUAUGGGAAGAUUAUAGAAGACACCGUUCGGAUAAAGAAAUAAAUCACAUGGACUGUCUCGUCUUCUGCAGGAGAGAGCGACGGUACGUGGAGAGGUACUGGAAAGAGGUGCACGUGGGCGACUUCAUCCGGCUGCGGUGCAACGAGAUCCUCCCCGCCGACGUCCUGCUGCUGAGCUCCAGCGACCCCGACCACCUGUGCCACAUCGAGACGGCCACGCUGGACGGCGAGACCAACCUGAAGCAGAGGCAGGUGGUGCGCAGCUUCAUCGACCAGGAUGGCGACUUUGAUCCGACUCGAUACAGCAGCGUCAUUGAGUGUGAGAAGCCGAACAAUGACUUGAACAGGUUUCGAGGUUACAUUGUCCAUGGGAACGGCAGAAGGGAGGGUCUAUACAAAGAUAAUCUGCUGCUGAGAGGCUGUACUGUCCGAAACACAGAGGAGGCGGUGGGCAUCGUCAUCUAUGCAGGUCACGAGACGAAGGCCAUGCUGAAUAACAACGGGCCGCGGUACAAGCGCAGUAAGCUGGAGCGCCAGAUGAAUGUGGACGUGUUCUGGUGUGUCAUCAUCCUGCUGAUCAUGUGCCUGUUCUCUGCCAUCGGUCACGGGCUGUGGAUGUUCCAGUACGGAGAUCAGCGGCCCGUCUUUGAUGUGCUCAGCCCUGAAGGAAAUGAGAUGUCCCCUGCACUGUCCGCCAUUUACCUCUUCCUCACCAUGAUCAUCGUGUUCCAGGUGCUGAUCCCCAUCUCCCUCUUCGUUUCCAUCGAGAUCGUUAAGAUCUGCCAAGUCUAUUUCAUCCACCAAGACGCGGACCUGUACGACGAGGAGACGGAGUCUCCCCUGCAGUGCCGCGCCCUGAACAUCACCGAGGACCUGGGCCAGGUGCAGUACGUCUUCUCCGACAAGACCGGCACGCUGACGGAGAACAAGAUGGUGUUCCGCCGCUGCACGGUGGCGGGGGUGGAGUACUCCCACGACGCCAACGCGCGCAGGCUGGCGCAGUACCAGGAGCUGGACUCUGAGGAGGAGGAGUGUGUGUCGGGGGGCACCCUGCCACGCAGGGACAGCUCCACCAGCCACCAGAGCGCCAGGGUGGUGCUGCGCUCCCAGAGCACCAAGUCCCACCGCCGCACCGGCAGCCGGGCCGAGGCCAAGAGGGCCAGCAUCCUGUCCAAGCACACGGCCUUCAGCAGCCCCAUGGAAAAGGACAUCACGCCCGACCCGCAGCUCCUGGACAAGGUGAACGAGUGCAGCAGCCAGCCCCUGGGGGGGCUCUCCCACGAACUCUCCGACAUCAUGGAGUUCUUCAUCGCCCUCACCAUCUGCAACACCGUGGUGGUGUCCUCCCCUAGUCAUCCUCGGCAGAAGGUGCGGAUGCGGUUCGAGCUCAAGUCGCCGGUGAAGACCAUCGAGGACUUCAUCAAGCGCUUCACGCCCAGCCGCCUGACCUCGGGCUCCACCAGCAGCAGCUCGUCCAGCCUGGGCGCCGGGCGCCCGGCCCAGAAGCACAGCUCCGCCAGCCUGCCCUCGCCCGGCGCGGACAGCGCCCUCCUCAGGCUGGAGGAGGAACAGCAGCAGCACCACCCGGGCCGCUCUCCGGACCUGCAGCGGGCCUUCAGCCCGGCCGCGCCCGCCGAGGAGGGGGAGCUGCGGUACGAGGCGGAGUCCCCGGACGAGGCGGCGCUGGUCUACGCCGCGCGCGCCUACAGCUGCUCCCUGGUCGGCCGGCUGCCGGACCAGGUGACCGUGGAGCUGUCGCACCUGGGCAGGCUGCACUUCGAGCUCCUGCACACGCUCAGCUUCGACUCCACGCGCAAGCGCAUGUCCGUGGUGGUCCGCCACCCGCUGACCAAUCAGAUCACCGUCUACACCAAAGGGGCGGACUCCAGCGUCAUGGACCUGAUCCGCACCCCGUCCGCCGGUGACACCAAAAGUAAACGCCAAAGAAAAAUUCUGUUUAAAACGCAGAAUUUUCUCAACCUGUACGCUGCCAGCGGUCUGAGAACUCUCUGCAUCGCCAAAAAGACUCUGACGGAGGUGGAGUACGGGGACUGGCUGGAGGGCCGUUUGCAGGCCGAGACGGCCAUUCAGGGGCGGGAGGAGCUGCUGUUUCAAUCUGCCGUGAAACUGGAAACAAACCUUCAUCUCUUAGGGGCCACAGGGAUUGAGGACCGGUUGCAGGACGGGGUCCCUGAGACCAUCGCCUCUCUGCGGAAAGCCGGGCUGCAGAUCUGGGUUCUGACUGGAGACAAGCAGGAGACGGCCAUCAACAUCGCCUACGCCUGCAGGCUGCUCGACCCCGAGGAGGAGCUCAUCAUUCUCAACGCUGACACACAGGAAGCGUGUGCCGUGCUGCUGGAGGAGAGCCUCCACUACAUCCAGUCCAAGUUCCUGUGCGAGUUCCCAGAGCAGGCCAGCCGGGCCUCGGGGGAGGACCUGGGGGCGCUGGAGCCCCCGGCCGCCCUGGUGCACCGGCUGGGCCUGGUGAUCGACGGGCGCACGCUGGCCUACGCGCUGGAGGGCAGCCUGGAGGACCGCUUCCUGGCCGUGGCGAGGAGCUGCCGCUCGGUGCUGUGCUGCCGCUCCACGCCGCUGCAGAAGAGCAAGGUGGUGAAGCUGGUGCGCAGCAAGCUCAAGGUCAUGACCCUGGCCAUCGGGGAUGGGGCUAAUGAUGUCAGCAUGAUCCAGGUGGCUGAUGUCGGAGUGGGGAUCUCAGGGCAGGAGGGCAUGCAGGCUGUGAUGGCCAGCGACUUCACCGUGCCGCGCUUCCAGUACCUGCAGAAGCUGCUCCUGGUCCACGGCCACUGGUGCUACUCCCGCCUGGCCAACAUGAUCCUGUACUUCUUCUACAAGAAUGCUAUGUUCGUGGCCCUGAUCUUCUGGUAUCAGUUUUAUUCGGGCUUCUCGGGGUCGGCCAUGAUCGAUCAGUGGUAUCUCAUCUUCUUCAACCUGAUGUUCUCUGCUUUUCCUCAACUCGUCACUGGCACUUUGGACAAAGACGUGUCUGCCCAAACUCUGCAGGACCUACCUCAGCUCUACAUGAAUGGGCAGAACUCCGAGGAAUAUAAGCCAUACAUGUUCUGGAUGAAUAUGAUUGAUGCCUUCUACCAAAGCAUCGUGUGUUUCUUCGUGCCCUACUUUGCCUAUGCUGACUCAGAUGUGGACUUGUUUACAUGGGGCACGCCCAUCACUACCCUGGCCCUCUUCACCAUCCUGCUCCACCUGAGCAUCGAGACCAAAACCUGGACCUGGCUGAACUGGGCCUCCAUCCUCUUCAGUGUCGGCCUGUUCUUCACGGUGGCCCUGUGCUACAACGCCUCCUGCCCCGUCUGCUACCCUCCCUCCAACCCCUACUGGACCAUGCACAGGCUGCUGGGAGACCCCCUCUUCUACCUGCUGUGUGUCGUUACCCCAGUGGUGGCUGUGCUGCCCAGAUAUUUCUACAGGGCCUGCCAGGGCUCCCUGUUCCCCAGCCUGGUGCAGGUCGGCCGGCAGCUCGACAAACUGUCCCCGGAGUCCCGCGGGAGCUUCCUCAGCCAGCGCUCCAUGUGCGGCGCCCGGUUCCCCCUGUAUCCCUUUCCCGGGCCCUUCCCGCGGGACUACCACCCCGCCACCCAGGAGAGCCACCCCUGCAAGAAGUGGGACGGCCCGAAGCAGCCCAUCGACCAGCUGAGGCCGGGCUGUACCACUCGGGUGAAGGACAAUAAAGAGGGGGGGGAGCCCGACCGGCCGGCUCCCGCCGCCUCUCCGGACAAAAGCCCGCCGGGCCCCGCGGAGUCCCCCAGCCCCGCCCCGGCCCCCCAGGCCUGCAGCACCCCGCAGCCUGACCCCGCCCUGGGGCCCCCGCUCUUCCGGGUCCUGAACUGGACGGCGCCGCCGCCCUUCCCGCUGCGGGACGGGGUGCCGCUGAGGGCGCUCUCGCCGAGCGACCCCCAGCACAACGCCUCGGACCGCCCCCCGCACGCCCCCCGAGACGGCCUCCUCGCCACCACGCUCUUAUGA